GUUUUCAGCAGCUCUGUCGAACUCGAUAGUAGAGCUAGAGAGCCUUCCUCGUCUUUAAGCACAAAAUUUUUGCGUUCACUUGGUAUUGAAAACGAGAGAUCCAGUGGAGGUGGCGCUGAAUCUGUCAAGUACGAACAUCGGUGUUAGUUUAUCUCUUGUCGUUGUAUUUCUUGUGUUCAGAUCACUUGUAGGACGAGCGAAUCUUUCCGAGGUUGUGAGUUUUUGUUUGCGAGUGGUGAGUUGUUGAGCUUGAGAGAGGUGUCGGCAUCUUAUAGUAUAUAUGUUUUAGGGUUGCACGGUACCCCCCCUGUGGUAUGGUCUGUGGUGGCGCUCGCGCGCUCUUUUCCGCGCUGAUUUUCGCGGAUUCUAGUGGUGGAAGGCGUCAAAAC